GCUCGGGCCUCGCGCGGCGCUCACCACCCGGGGUGCCGCGGGGGGGCGGGGAGAGCGGCCGCCUAGCCCAGCCCCGCGGAUGACAGGAGCCAGGGAGCCGAGGAGGGAGGAGCCGCCGCCGCCGAGCGCUGGGCUGAGGAGCAGAGAGAGCGGGGCGCGGAGUGCGGGCGGCUGCGAGCGCGCUGAGCGGGGGAGAGGCGCUGCCGCACGGCCGGCCACAGGACCACCUCCCCGGAGAAUAGGGCCUCUUUAUGGCAUGUGGCUGGUAACUUUCCUCCUGCUCCUGGACUCUUUACACAAAGCCCGCCCUGAAGAUGUCGGCACCAGCCUCUACUUUGUAAAUGACUCCUUGCAACAGGUGACCUUUUCCAGCUCCGUGGGGGUGGUGGUGCCCUGCCCGGCCGCGGGCUCCCCCAGCGCGGCCCUUCGAUGGUACCUGGCCACGGGGGACGACAUCUACGACGUGCCGCACAUCCGGCACGUCCACGCCAACGGGACACUGCAGCUCUAUCCCUUCUCCCCCUCCGCCUUCAAUAGCUUUAUCCACGACAAUGACUACUUCUGCACCGCGGAGAAUGCGGCCGGCAAGAUCCGGAGCCCUAACAUCCGCGUCAAAGCAGUUUUCAGGGAACCCUACACCGUCCGGGUGGAGGAUCAAAGGUCAAUGCGUGGAAACGUGGCCGUCUUCAAGUGCCUCAUCCCCUCUUCAGUGCAGGAAUAUGUUAGCGUUGUGUCCUGGGAGAAGGACACGGUUUCCAUCAUCCCAGAAAACAGGUUUUUUAUUACUUCCCAUGGCGGGCUGUACAUCUCCGACGUGCAGAAGGAGGACGCCCUCUCCACCUACCGCUGCAUCACCAAGCACAAGUACAGUGGGGAGACCCGGCAGAGCAACGGGGCCCGUCUCUCCGUGACAGACCCUGCCGAGUCGAUUCCCACCAUCCUGGACGGCUUCCACUCCCAGGAAGUGUGGGCUGGCCACACCGUGGAGCUGCCCUGCACCGCCUCUGGCUACCCCAUCCCUGCCAUCCGCUGGCUUAAGGACGGCCGGCCUCUCCCAGCUGACAGCCGCUGGACCAAGCACAUCACGGGGCUGACCAUCAGUGACCUGCGGACCGAGGACAGCGGCACCUACAUUUGUGAGGUCACCAACACCUUCGGCUCAGCAGAGGCCACAGGCACCCUCACGGUCAUCGACCCCCUUCACGUGACCCUGACACCAAAGAAGCUGAAGACGGGCAUCGGCAGCACCGUCAUCCUCUCCUGCGCCCUGAUGGGCUCCACGGAGUUCACCAUCCGCUGGUACCGCAACACCGAGCUGGUGCUGCCCGACGAGGCCAUCUCCAUCCGCGGGCUCAGCAACGAGACCCUGCUCAUCACCUCCGCGCAGAAGAGCCACUCCGGCGCCUACCAGUGCUUCGCCACGCGCAAGGCCCAGACCGCCCAGGACUUCGCCAUCAUCGUGCUUGAGGAUGGCACGCCCCGAAUCGUCUCGUCCUUCAGCGAGAAGGUGGUCAACCCCGGGGAGCAGUUCUCGCUGAUGUGUGCGGCCAAGGGCGCCCCGCCCCCCACUGUCACCUGGGCCCUGGACGAUGAGCCCAUCCUGCGGGACGGAAGCCACCGCACCAACCAGUACACCAUGUCCGACGGCACAACCAUCAGCCACAUGAACGUUACGGGCCCCCAGAUCCGCGACGGGGGCGUGUACCGGUGCACGGCGCGGAACUCGGUGGGCAGUGCUGAAUAUCAGGCGCGAAUAAACGUAAGAGGCCCUCCCAGCAUCCGGGCGAUGAGGAACAUCACAGCGGUCGCCGGGCGGGACACCCUUAUCAACUGCAGGGUCAUCGGCUACCCCUACUACUCCAUCAAGUGGUACAAGGACGCCCUGCUGUUGCCGGACAACCACCGCCAGGUGGUGUUCGAGAAUGGGACCCUCAAGCUGACCGACGUGCAAAAGGGCAUGGACGAAGGGGAGUACCUGUGUAGCGUCCUCAUCCAGCCCCAGCUCUCCAUCAGCCAGAGUGUCCACGUGGCUGUCAAAGUGCCCCCUCUAAUCCAGCCCUUCGAGUUCCCACCGGCCUCCAUCGGCCAGCUGCUCUACAUCCCCUGCGUAGUGUCCUCGGGGGACAUGCCCAUCCGCAUCACCUGGAGGAAGGACGGACAGGUGAUCAUCUCAGGCUCAGGUGUCACCAUCGAGAGCAAGGAAUUCAUGAGCUCUCUGCAGAUCUCCAGUGUUUCCCUCAAGCACAACGGCAACUACACGUGCAUCGCCAGCAACGCAGCGGCCACCGUGAGCAGGGAGCGCCAGCUCAUCGUGCGCGUGCCCCCUCGAUUCGUGGUCCAGCCCAACAACCAGGAUGGCAUCUAUGGCAAAGCUGGUGUGCUUAACUGCUCAGUGGACGGCUACCCCCCACCCAAGGUCAUGUGGAAGCAUGCCAAGGGGAGCGGGAACCCCCAGCAGUACCACCCAGUGCCCCUCACCGGCCGCAUCCAGAUCCUGCCCAACAGCUCUCUGCUGAUCCGCCACGUCCUGGAAGAGGACAUCGGCUACUACCUCUGCCAGGCCAGCAACGGUGUGGGCACCGACAUCAGCAAGUCCAUGUUCCUCACUGUCAAGAUCCCAGCCAUGAUCACCUCCCACCCCAACACCACCAUCGCCAUCAAGGGCCACGCCAAAGAGCUCAACUGCACUGCGCGGGGGGAGCGGCCCAUCAUCAUCCGCUGGGAGAAGGGGGACACGGUCAUCGAUCCUGACCGCGUCAUGCGGUAUGCCAUCACCACCAAGGACAACGGAGACGAGGUUGUCUCCACACUGAAGCUCAAGCCAGCUGACCGUGGGGACUCUGUGUUCUUCAGCUGCCACGCCAUCAACUCAUAUGGGGAGGACCGGGGCUUGAUCCAACUCACUGUGCAAGAGCCCCCCGACCCCCCAGAGCUGGAGAUCCGGGAGGUGAAGGCCAGGAGCAUGAACCUGCGCUGGACUCAGCGGUUCGACGGGAACAGCAUCAUCACGGGCUUCGACAUUGAAUACAAGAAUAAAUCAGAUUCCUGGGACUUCAAGCAGUCCACACGCAACAUCUCCCCCACCAUCAACCAGGCCAACAUCGUGGACUUGCACCCAGCAUCUGUGUACAGCAUUCGCAUGUACUCCUUCAACAAGAUUGGCCGCAGCGAGCCGAGCAAGGAGCUCACCAUCAGCACAGAGGAGGCAGCUCCUGAUGGGCCCCCCAUGGAUGUCACUUUGCAGCCGGUGACCUCACAGAGCAUCCAAGUGACUUGGAAGGCGCCCAAGAAGGAACUGCAGAACGGCGUCAUCCGGGGCUACCAGAUCGGCUACAGAGAGAACAGCCCUGGCAGCAAUGGGCAGUACAGCAUCGUGGAGAUGAAGGCCACCGGGGACAGCGAGGUCUACACCCUGGACAACCUCAAGAAGUUCGCCCAAUAUGGGGUGGUGGUCCAAGCCUUCAAUAGGGCUGGCACGGGGCCCUCGUCCAGUGAGAUCAACGCCACCACCCUGGAGGAUGUGCCCAGCCAACCCCCUGAGAAUGUCCGGGCCCUGUCCAUCACUUCUGAUGUGGCUGUCAUCUCCUGGUCGGAGCCCCCACGCAGCACCCUCAAUGGCGUCCUCAAAGGCUAUCGGGUCAUCUUCUGGUCACUCUACGUUGAUGGAGAGUGGGGCGAGAUGCAGAACAUCACCACCACACGCGAGCGGGUGGAGCUGCGAGGCAUGGAGAAGUUCACCAACUACAGCGUGCAGGUGCUAGCCUACACACAAGCCGGAGACGGCGUGCGCAGCAGCGUGCUCUACAUCCAGACCAAGGAGGAUGUUCCAGGUCCCCCAGCUGGCAUCAAAGCUGUCCCUUCAUCUGCCAGCAGUGUGGUGGUGUCUUGGCUCCCCCCUACCAAGCCCAAUGGAGUGAUCCGCAAGUACACCAUCUUCUGCUCCAGCCCCGGGUCUGGCCAGCCGGCUCCCAGCGAGUACGAGACGAGUCCAGAGCAGCUCUUCUACCGGAUUGCCCACCUAAACCGGGGGCAGCAGUACCUGCUGUGGGUGGCCGCCGUCACCUCCGCCGGCCGGGGCAACAGCAGCGAGAAGGUCACCAUCGAGCCUGCCGGCAAGGCCCCAGCGAAGAUCAUCUCAUUUGGCGGCACUGUGACAACACCCUGGAUGAAAGAUGUCCGGCUGCCUUGCAAUUCAGUGGGAGAUCCAGCCCCUGCUGUGAAGUGGACCAAAGACAGUGAAGACUCGGCCAUCCCGGUGUCUAUGGAUGGGCACCGGCUCAUCCAUACCAAUGGCACGUUGCUGCUGCGUGCUGUGAAGGCCGAGGACUCGGGCUACUACACCUGCACGGCCACCAACACCGGGGGCUUCGACACCAUCAUCGUCAACCUUCUGGUGCAAGUGCCCCCGGACCAGCCCCGCCUCACUGUCUCUAAAACCUCCGCUUCGUCUAUCACCCUGACCUGGAUUCCAGGUGACAAUGGGGGCAGCUCCAUCCGAGGCUUCGUGCUGCAGUACUCAGUGGACAACAGCGAGGAGUGGAAGGACGUGUUCAUCAGCUCCAGCGAGCGCUCCUUCAAGCUGGACAGCCUCAAAUGUGGCACGUGGUACAAGGUGAAGCUGGCAGCCAAGAACAGUGUGGGCUCUGGGCGCAUCAGCGAGAUCAUCGAGGCCAAGACCCAUGGGCGGGAGCCCUCCUUCAGCAAAGACCAGCACCUCUUCACCCACAUCAACUCCACGCAUGCUCGGCUUAACCUGCAGGGCUGGAACAACGGGGGCUGCCCUAUCACAGCCAUCGUCCUGGAGUACCGGCCCAAGGGCACCUGGGCCUGGCAGGGCCUCCGGGCCAACAGCUCCGGGGAGGUGUUUCUAACCGAACUGCGAGAGGCCACAUGGUACGAGCUGCGCAUGAGGGCCUGCAACAGCGCCGGCUGCGGCAACGAGACUGCCCAGUUCGCCACCCUGGACUAUGACGGCAGCACCAUCCCUCCCAUCAAGUCUGCUCAAGGUGAGGGGGAUGACGUCAAGAAGCUGUUCACCAUUGGCUGCCCGGUCAUCCUGGCCACGCUGGGGGUGGCACUGCUCUUCAUCGUGCGCAAGAAGAGGAAGGAGAAGCGACUGAAGCGGCUCCGAGUUCUCAUCCUGCUCAGACUCCAUCCUCACCUAGUCCCCUCUCUCUACUGUUUUGCAGAUGCAAAGAGUUUGGCAGAAAUGUUGAUAAGCCCUUCUCCCCACAGCAAGAACAACCGAAGUUUUGACACCCCUGUAAAGGGGCCACCCCAGGGCCCGCGGCUACACAUUGACAUCCCCAGGGUCCAGCUGCUCAUUGAGGACAAGGAGGGCAUCAAGCAGUUGGGAGAUGACAAAGCCACCAUCCCUGUGACAGACGCUGAGUUCAGCCAAGCUGUCAACCCUCAGAGUUUCUGCACCGGUGUUUCCCUGCACCACCCAGCCCUCAUCCAGAGCUCAGGACCCCUCAUCGACAUGUCUGACAUCCGGCCAGGCACCAAUCCAGUGUCCAGGAAGAAUGUGAAGUCAGCCCAUAGUACCCGGAACCGGUACUCAAGCCAGUGGACUUUGACCAAGUGCCAGGCCUCCACACCCGCCCGCACCCUCACCUCCGACUGGCGCACUGUGGGCUCCCAGCAUGGUGUCACUGUCACUGAGAGUGACAGCUAUAGUGCGAGCCUCUCCCAGGACACAGACAAAGGACGGAACAGCAUGGUGUCCACCGAAAGCGCCUCUUCCACCUAUGAGGAGCUGGCCCGGGCCUAUGAGCAUGCCAAGCUGGAGGAGCAGCUGCAGCACGCCAAGUUUGAGAUCACCGAGUGCUUCAUCUCGGACAGCUCCUCCGACCAGAUGACCACGGGCACCAAUGAGAACGCUGACAGCAUGACGUCCAUGAGCACCCCCUCCGAGCCUGGCAUCUGCCGCUUCACCUCCUCCCCACCCAAGCCCCAGGAUGCCGACCGGGGCAAAAACGUGGCUGUGCCCAUCCCUCACCGGGCCAACAAGAGUGACUACUGUAACCUGCCCCUGUAUGCCAAGUCGGAGGCCUUCUUCCGGAAGGCAGAUGGGCGCGAGCCCUGUCCCGUGGUCCCACCCCGCGAGGCCUCCAUCCGGAACCUGGCUCGAACCUACCACACCCAGGCCCGCCACCUGACCCUGGACCCUGCCAGCAAGCCCUUGGGCCUCCCGCACCCAGGGGCCCCCGCUGCCGCCUCCACAGCCACCUUACCUCAGAGGACUCUGGCCAUGCCAGCACCCCCCGCCGGCACGGCCCCCCCAGCACCCGGCCCCACCCCUGCCGAGCCCCCCGCGGCCCCUAGUGCUGCCCCUCCGGCCCCCAGCACAGAGCCUCCGCGGGCCGGGGGCCCACACACCAAAAUGGGGGGCUCCAGGGACUCACUUCUCGAGAUGAGCACGUCGGGGGUAGGGAGGUCUCAGAAGCAGGGGGCUGGGGCUUACUCCAAAUCCUACACCCUGGUGUAGGGGCGCAGCGAGGAGAACAGCCUUUGCGUGGACCCGGCUGCACCUCCAGCCCUCACACCCAACUUGGCUGUUUUCCUGCAUUAUUUAUAUUAAACUGACAGACGAAAACCAACCAACAACGAAAAGAAAACCCCCGAGUCAUGAACGCUUGUACAUAGAACUCUUUUGUACAAAUGAAACUAUUUUCUUCUUCUCCAUGAAGCCAGGGCACAAUGAAUUUGACAGUACAAGUAAACCCCACCCCCACCCCACAAAAUACGCGUGCAGAGAUAUAUACAUAUAUAGAGAGCGCGGAACACGUCGACAAGCUAUGUAUCUAUAUAUUUCUCUCGCCGGAUUUUGAGACAGAGGCACAAAGACCCAGCAGUUUUUCCCUCCUCCUCACCCUCCCUCCAAUCUAGGUGGUUUUGACCAAGACCGAAAUCCCAACUCAGAGAACACUGCAUGCGAUUUUACUGUUCCCAGAAAACCAGGAGUUGCUUCAAUUUGCAGAUGCUUAUGUGUUAAUACCUUUUUCUAUGAAAAAAGACCCAGCGCCGUGUGCAAUAAAGGUUAUGUUUCUACGUGGUGGCUUUUUUCCCAUCUGGCGAGGGCCAGUGGGGAGUGAGGGAGGAGAGGCCCCUCUGCCAGGCCUCUGUCUCCCGUGGAAACUUUGAGAAGCCCGGCUUUGGCGCAGCAGUUAAACUUUUUAAAACGCUCUCCAUUAGCCAAGGUGCAGUCUUCAGCACCUGUUCUGUCCUAAAAUCUGUGCUGGGCCCUAAACGGGACCAGCUGUGUGACUUUGUGCAUGCUCCUAAACCCCUCUGAGCCAGUUUCCUUAUCUAUAAAAUGCGGCAACCUUGA